GAUAAUAUUCCCACCAGACAUUUUGUCGGUGUCGGGAAGUAUGGUUCCAUGCAGCUCUCUUUGUACUGAAUCUUUAUGACUACCAGUCGUAUUAUCGUUGCAGCCCGGCAAAUAUCGACAGAGUAUGCCUUGUGCUGCAGUGAAGAACGAAGGGAAUGGUUCGCACUUUUCGUUCGGUAGUGUUUCGUCGACGUGGUUCUUCACCAAUAGGCAGGCAAGAAUGCACAAACCACACGCCAAAAUAUUCGGCAAGACAAAAGGAUAGGCUCGCAGCAAGGACUUGAUUGGCCUCAUCACCGAUGCCAUGGUACUAGGAUAUUGCUUAAUCGGAUCCGACAAGUAGCCUGUAAUGCCGGGACAAAUCAAAAAGCCAUACCCCCUCAUCCCGUAAACGAUUGCCAUUGUCUUGGUCUCCUUCGUUUGCGAUCCAGAAGAAGCCCGAAUCUCGGACAAUAAACACUUGAUAGUACCCGUGAUUCCAUUCGCAAAUCCCAUCAAAAACCUCCAAAGGAGUGCUUCCCAAUAUGUCUUCGCAAAUCCGAAUCCUAUGGAUGUGAUUGCGGAAGCCACCAGGGAUACCUUCAGUACAAAAACCCGGCCGUAGGUAUCGGCAAUCUUCCCCCAAGCAACCGCCGUGACUGUUCGACCAACCAUGAAGCAACAAGCCACAAAACCAGCGUAUUUCCCAACGUUUUCUUCGUCAAUGGCAUGCUUUGUGCUGCAACUACUGUCGUUCUCGUAGCCGUUGUUCUUGCACGAAAGCAAGCGCAUCGUCAAGAAUCCAGCGUACGGAAAGACUCCCUCUAGCAAAUAUGCCUGAACAAAUACGACAAAGGCCAGUGUAUAGAUCGUUGCGUUGUCGGCACUCUUGUUGUGUGUUGUAGAUUUGUCCCUUACAACCGUUUUCUCCUUGGUUGGUUCCUGAAAGUCUUUUUUGUUUGGUUUGUUCUUCACGCUCCCGAGGCCACGACCCUGGUCUUUUGACGACUUGAUCAGAAGAGGUGAUUGUUCCGAUGAUGAAAAAGACAGCAUCUUGUUUGAAUCGAGAAGUAGUUGCCUCGAACUUGCUUCGGAAAGGCGGCUUAUGUUUCGAGACAGAAUUGAUGUCAACGACGUGACAGAUUGGAAGGAAAGGAAGGAGAGAGAACGAGCAAAUGAAUCAAGAAACGAAGCCAGGGGUUUUGUCAAACCAUUUGCAUGCAAUCAUUGUGGUGCUUGGUGGUGCCUAUAAGCUCAAUGUCUCCUUCUUUUUCGCCGUCGCUGGAACUUUCAGUCUGGAACGUUCAAGCUACCGAAUGUAGAGUAGUUCGCUGCAUAAUUGUUUUGUCUUGAGAUUGUCGAGACAGGUGUUUUUUGUGAUGGAAUGAUGAGGAGGGAAAAAAAAAAUUGUUGCGCACCCCUCCAAAUUUAUGACGCCCGCUCGUACUUGCUCUUACCGGUAACCGAGUACAUUUUGAUUAGUAGUAUUUCGAAUUUUGUGUGGAUACGUCCAGGUACUCAUGCGAAGACUUCCUAGUACCCUAAUACAUUUCCUCAAGAGAAUCAAACCGCAAGGAAGAAUGUUGAUGAAUUGAAGGGAAUCUUGCGUAACAUUUUUCUUGGAGAGAUAGGAUGCUGGCAAAGACAAUGCCGAUAGAACACAACUGUAGCCUUAGUAACUGUAGAGGACUAUUUGUUCUAGUACUGGUACUACUAGUAGUAAAAUUAUAGCUUGACAAUAGACGUAAAGUUAUGACGGCAAAAAGCCCAAGAUAUGAAAUAAUACGAAAUCUAGGGAGUUCCACUCCUUUACAUUGGUACGUCUCACCAGCACAUGGACGAGUUUCUAGGAUUCGUCUCAACUCAGUAAAAUCCUGUUCCAUCAUCAUUGAAGCUUACACUUUUUGAAGCAGCAGUUCAGUUCUUUCGUUGAAAUUUAGCAUCUGCCGCCUUUGAAGUACGAUACCCGUAAGCAUUCGAGGGAUUCUUUGGUUGAGAUUCUACUCGUAGUGGACCAACCGAACGGUAUGGUAGGUGGUUCGUGCUCCAACGACCAACGAUAAAUGUCUUGUUUGUGCCGCGUCCAACCGGUCGGACCAAACGAAACGAAACGAAAMGAUAUAAAACAAAGCCAUCCCACUCCGCUACGCCAUAGUGCACACGCGCACGAGCACAACACUACAAUUCAUCGUAUUGCUCAUCGUUUGUGUUCCGGGCAUCCUCGAGGAGCUCCUCGAAUUGCUCUCGCGUAACACCAAUGCCGUCGUUCCUGUGCUCGUGCGCCAUCGACAAGACCUCGACGUAUCCCUCGUACAUCUCGAGGAUGCUGUCGGCCUCGUGCUCGAUGUUGUGGUACCGCGCGUAGUGUUCGGAGCCGCGACGGCGGUGGCGCUCGACCCCCUCCCGGAUCUCCUCCUCCAUGGAUUGGAGGCGUUCGAGGUGGUUGGAGAUCCACCGGAGCGCCGUCGACGUGGGCUUCUGAAAGAUCCACUUGAAUUCUUUUUCGCCCGUCUCAAGGUCCUCGUCGACCUCCGCAACAAUUUCGUGGUUGGUCGGGCCCAGUUCCCAGCGCCUGGGGUAAAGCUCCAGGAACCCGUAGUCCAUAAAAAUGUUCGGCGUCAGGUAUUCGUACUGCAUCUUGCCCCAGUUGCAGUCGUCGUCCAUGCACUCGCUGUAGGUGUUCUGCAGCUGCUCGCCCGCUUUGAUAUCUCUGAGCGCAAAGGCGGUGAUGUCGUUGUCGCUGUAAUGGACCGUCGUCGAUUCGACGUUCUUCGAGGCCCCAUUGCGGUGGUUGUACAUGUCGAGGACGGGGAUCAGCUUGUCUGCCCACGAUCGGCUUAGCAUGAAGUAGUAGGCGUCCUCAGCCCGCCGACGGAGCGUCUCGUCCUCGAUUUCCCCGUCCGGAUGCUGGGACCGAAAGUUGGUACCGCAAUCCUCAAAAACCGUAGCGUGGGAGUAGAUCUUCGGCUCCAGCCCCGAAGCAACGGCUGACUUGCCUUCUCUGCCGUACAACACCUGGUCCAGCAGGUUCUGCCCGUCCUCGGACCAGGACGUCGGCAGCAAUCCGGAGGUGGUCCCGCCCUCCGUGUCGUCGAAGAGAUAUGAGAGGUAAGGGGCGUAGAACGAAUCGUCGCCCUUUUCGUACUCGUCCAGCAUCCGGGCGAUUGUGAAGCAGUUCUCAUGCGUCUUUAGGGAAUCGAUCGUGUGGGAUCGGGGCACGACCAGGAGUUUUUCGCCCUUGGGGAUGUCGACCGUGGUGUGCAUGGCGUAGGGGCCUGAUUUCCCAUCGGGCCCCAGUCGCUUCCAUACUACCGAGGGGUGAAAGAAUCCGUUCUCUCCAGAACGAAUCCAGUCUACAAGCCUCUGCUGAUAGGCCUCUGGCUGAGGAAGGGGGGAAGCUUCCUCGGCAAGACACGACCCUGGGGAGAUCGCUGCCAUCGUGGAGAGGAGGGCACAAAAUCUACUGCUAGUUUUGGAAAUCGCCAUUUUGGUCGUCGGUAUGGUUGCGGUUGGGGUUGCGGUUGCGGUUGCGGUUGCGUCUAUGAGUUGGUUUCGAAGUACACAACGCAGCUAGUAAUGUGAUUGUACCGAUGGAUGGGUUUCGGUUUGUGAUCUUCACAAUCAAUCCUCAACGAGAGAGCUUCGUCUGAGUCGUUUUCGAUCGAUUCUGCCGUGCCACCAAUAAGGGUUCGUAGUUACC